AUAGUCAAAGUUAAGAGUAACUUACGGAAAUAUUGGGAAAACUCGCAUAUUAGCGAUAGUGUCCCGCUGUCAACUGCGCACGCGCAUUGUGAACUACUGUAAUAAAAACGAUACUAGGUCCUUAAGUCAUGUAUACUUAGGUUUACUGCCAGAAUAUUAGCAGUAAACUAAAACCGUAGCUUUAAAGAAUUGUAUCCGAAACAAGAAAGCGCAGGGAGUAUGUUUUAACCAGUUUUCGUAAGAAAUAAGUAAGAAUAGCACAUUUCCUGGUUUCCACACGAAACCGGAAGUGGUUGGCGUGAAUGAUCUCGCCACGAACGAUGACACACGUCAUGAACGCUGGCUUCUUCCAGAAGUUUCUUCCCGGCGAUUCUCUGCUGCUGCUCCCUUGCGGCCCGUUACAGCAAACUCGCUGUUCGAACACGCCGCCUGACGUCGGGCGGUUGAAUUUCGGUGACAUUUGUCUCCUCGUCUUUGGCGCGCGACAGAAAAGUCGUCGACGUGUUCCAAGUCAAACCGGCUAACCUUUGCCUCUUGCUAGCGAGCGAGGGGGAAGCUAGGCGUCGUUAGCCGCAUGCUGGAGGCUGCUGAUGUGGGAAGAAGAGGAUCCAUCUGGAAUGUUCUCUUUUUGAAGACGGUGCUGAAGAAGUGACCGCUCAGUAGGGAUGGGUAAAGAUUAUUACAAAGUGCUGGGGAUAGCCAAGGGUGCCACGGAAGAGGAGAUCAAGAAGGCGUACAGAAAGCAGGCCCUCCGCUACCAUCCCGACAAGAACAAGUCUGCAGGGGCCGAGGACAAAUUUAAGGAGAUCGCAGAAGCCUACGACGUCCUCAGUGAUGCAAAGAAGAAGGAUAUUUACGAUCGAUAUGGCGAAGAAGGCCUGAAGGGUCCAGCUGGAGGCGGGGGUGGAGGUCACAGCGGCGCCACCUACAGCUACACCUUCCAUGGAGACCCUCAUGCCAUGUUCGCCGAAUUCUUCGGCGGCCGCAGCCCCUUCGAUCACUUCUUCGCGCAGAACGGCGACGACAACAACAUGGACGUCAACGACCCCUUUGCCGCCUUCAGCAUGGGAGGCAUGGGUGGCAUGGGCAACUUCCACCGGCCCUAUAAACCCCACCAGGGCGGCGCCCGCGGGAAGAAGAAGGACCCGCCCGUGGUGCACGAGCUAAAGGUGAGCCUGGAGGAGGUGUUCUCGGGCUGCACCAAAAAGAUGAAGAUCUCCCGCAAAAGACUGAACCCAGACGGCCGCACCGUGCGCUGCGAGGACAAGAUUUUGUCCGUGGACAUCAAGCGCGGCUGGAAAGAGGGCACCAAAAUCACCUUCCCUCGGGAGGGAGACGAGACCCCCACCAACAUUCCCGCCGACGUGGUGUUUGUGGUCAAAGACAAACCUCAUCCCGUGUUCAGGAGGGAGGGCUCUGAUAUUAUUUAUCCUGCAAAAAUAUCCCUUCGAGAUGCGCUGUGCGGCUGCUCGGUCAGCGCCCCCACGCUGGACGGCCGCACCAUCACCGUGUCCUCCAGAGACGUGGUGAAGCCGGGCAUGAAGAAGCGCAUCGUGGGGGAAGGCCUGCCCCUGUCCAAGCGUCCCGACAAGAGGGGCGACAUGAUCUUGGACUUUACGGUCAAAUUCCCUGACAAACUGGGACAAAACACCCGCGACGCACUCAGGCAGGUUCUCCCGCCAUGAUGCGAGGACACAACAACUCCCAACACUUCCAAGGCCGUUCUUCAGGGUGCUUAACUUUAUUAUUAUGCUUUUUUAAAGCCUCAUUUGACUUACAACGCCUAAAAACUGACAGAAUCAAAGAUUUGAGUAUUUAUUGUUCGCUGGAUUCUAUCAAUGGACUUAAAGGUGUUUUGUUUUUGUACGAGUGAACCAACACUGAAACAUUGAAGCUGUUUACUUCAGGGUUUUUUUUUUACUAUCAUCAGUUCAAGACAAACACUGAGCCAAGUAAGAGUUAGGACCUACCAAGUAUCAGGGCCACACUGAAACAGAAAAACAACACCAAUUGUUUUUAGAGAGGAAAAAGUCCUUUUUGGGGGGAAAUCGUCUAAAUAUUUUAAUCUAAUG